GGGUUCCAGCAGCCUCCCUUGAGCGGGAGCUCCGGGAUUUCUGAGGUGAAAUGCGAAGCGCCUCAUGGCGGCGCCGUCGCCGCCGGGGUGAGUCGUGAGGGGAGGCCCGUGAGGGUGAGGGUCCGAGGGACACCUUCCUCUGCCCCUCAGUGCACCAUGAAGCGCUCCCGGGGAAGACCGAAGAGAAGAGCCCGGCCGGAGCCCGACCGAGAAGCCGCUCCAGCCGCCAAAACGCGACCGGCGGGCCCCGACGCUAGAAUGGUCAGUUUUUGUCCACACUGUGGAGUGAAUGUGGAAGCAACAUUCAGUUUUUGCCCCUCCUGUGGGAAUAGACUGCCUGUACAAGAAGAAUCUAUGCAGAUCUCACCGUCUCCUUCAAUGACAGAACUGAGCCAGGACAUCCGGGAUCACCUACAAAGGUCUCCUGCAGUGAAAAAAGUAGACACACUCUCACCCAGUGAAGACAAAGCUUUUGUUUCAUUUAAACAAAGCCCUCCACAAAAGUCAGUGGCUACCCCAUCCCCAAAAGAAAAAGCGCCCAGCGCCCAGUCUCCCAGGAGGAAGAAAACUGCCACCGUGAAACCUCUCCUGGAAGGUCAGAUCUUGAGAGACCUGAACGACAAGCAAUGGAUGCUGACAAAACUUCUGAGCGAGAGUGAUCAUGGGCUGAUGUAUGAAGCAAAAUCAGUAUCUGGAGCCAGCCUUGCAAAGCAGAAAUACUCCCUCAAACUUGAUGCCAGAGAUGGGAGGAUAUUCAAUGAACAGAACUUCUUACAGCGAGCUGCAAAGAAGGUCACAGUGGAGAAAUGGAAGAAACAGCAUGCCGUACCAUUGCUGGGGAUCCCCGAUUGCGUUGGUUUUGGCCUCUAUGACAGCUACAGGUUCCUCGUUUUCUCUGAUUUGGGUUGCUCUCUUCAGUCCAUCCUGGAUGAUUCUGCAAACAGGAUGACACAGAAAGCUGCAUUGCAGCUUGCAGUCAGGCUGCUGGAUGUUCUGGAGUACCUUCAUGAGAAUGAGUAUACCCAUGGGGAUAUCACUGCUGAGAACAUAUAUGUGAAUCCUGCCAAUCUUGCCAUGGUCACCCUGGCAAAUUACUGCUUUGCUUUCCGAUACAGCCCUGGAGGAGUGCAUGUUUCUCAGCGUGAGGGCAGCAGGACUCAUCAUGAAGGCACCUUGGAGUUCAUCAGUCUGGAGAGCCAUAAAGGAGCUGCACCAUCCCGUCGGAGCGAUCUUGAGUCCUUGGGUUACUGUCUGGUGAAGUGGCUGUGUGGGUCUCUUCCCUGGUCUGAGGAUCUGACGGAUCCAGGUGUAGUCAUGGAGAAGAAAGAGAGGUACAAAUCAGAUGUUAUCAAGCAUCCAAAACUGACACAUGGUUGGGCAGCAAUUCCAGAUCUGAGAAGUUGCAAGAAGAUGGAACAGAAACUCAAACCCUCUGGAAUGUCCACACACUGGAACGGCUGUGAAUAUAUUUCCUCUUUGUUUUUUAUGCGUAACCUUUUGUGUGCGAGUGAAUUACUAUUUCAUGGAACUCUUUGUUGGGAUCUUUUCAUCGCCUUUUAUAGACUCACAUUCUGUGAAAUUUCAUUAUUCAAUGAAUACUUGUCUAGGGAGAAGGGUGAAGCCCUGCUUGGCAAGCACUUACUUGAACUCAGCUGUAAAAUUGCUUAGCAGGGUGGAUGUUCCUGGGAAUGAGGAAUACUGAGUCUUAUGAAAGAGAGAGUGGUCUAAUUGUUUUAAUGCAUUUCACUAUAUAGAGAUUAACCACCAUUUUACAAUCUCUCAUAAUUUUAAAUUUGUUUCUUGCGCCUGAAGAUGCAUUUAUUUAAACUUUGAUUUUAAUGUAAGCUGCCUUUGUUCACAAACAAAGAGGUGAAGCACAAGUAUUUUAAUUCAAAUAAAUAAAUAGAUAGAUACUUUGUUAAUUUUUAUAAUAAAAGUAUUUUCCAGUUCUAAA